AUCAUGAACAUCCGCAGCGCGCGGCCCGACGACCUGCUGAACAUGCAGCACUGCAACCUGCUGUGCCUGCCCGAGAACUACCAGAUGAAGUACUACCUCUACCACGGCCUGUCCUGGCCGCAGCUCUCCUACCUCGCCGAGGACGAGGAGGGCAAGGUGGUGGGCUACGUCCUGGCCAAGAUGGAGGAGGACCCGGACGACGCCCCGCACGGACACAUCACGUCGCUGGCCGUGAAGCGCUCGCACCGGCGCCUCGGCCUGGCCCGGAAGCUCAUGGACCAGGCCUGCCGGGCCAUGAUCGAGAACUUCGGCGCCAGGUACGUGUCGCUGCACGUCCGGAAGAGCAACCGGGCGGCCCUGCACCUCUACGCCCACACGCUCAGCUUCCAGGUCAGCGAGGUGGAGCCCAAGUACUACGCGGACGGGGAGGACGCCUACGCCAUGCGGCGGGACCUGGCGCCCAUGGCCGCGGAGCUCCGGCGCAGGCUGGAGCCCAGGAAGGGCGCGGGCGGGGUGCCCGGCGCCGCCGGGGAGAACCGGGAGACCCAGGGCCGCGCGCUGCCUGGCCCCGAGGAGGGCUGUCGGCCGGAGAGCCCGGCUGCCGACGGCAGGGGCAGCGACAGCAGAGAGCCGAACGAGUCCGCGGAGAGCAACGACGUCCAGAACGCCCCGGAAGACGCAGACUGCACAUCCUAG